UUAUCACGCAAACCGGGUGACUUCCACAGAAGUACUUGAACCGCUCACCUUUUAUCAAAUAAUCAACUGUCAAAAUUACUCAUGCGUGGCAGUCUUACCUGGUCCUUUCCGAGUAUCAAGAAUAUACCCAGUGCAUAGUAAUUGUACCGGUAGAGCUAUAGAGCUAACAUUACUUAUAACAGGUGAUCAUACAAAAUGUCAUAAGGCUACGUGCGAUACGGAUGCAUGACCGUUACAAGAUACACGCAGUGGGCAUGCAGUAAUUGACAGGUGUCAGGCUGACCUUGUUGGAUGUUGGACAUUUAUCUGCAUGAAUAGUACGUGCACAGGUGUGAAUUGAUGGAAAUAUGUAUUAUCAGGUGUAAACAGCUGGAUACCUGUAUCGUCUAAUUAACAGAUCCAACUGAGAAAGUGUAUUGCAGAUCUGAAUUCACGGGUUAACUUCUAUUCAUCCUAAGUACGGUUUAGAAAGCAGGGACAUUGAGGAGAGUGGUUGGUGCCACAUGAUAUCAUUAAGGUUGUGUUACUGAGAAGACCUCCCCCCGUUAUACUUGCAAGUCCUGGAAAUUUCUGAGACAGGCUGAAGCUAAUUUUUUGUGAAGUUUUCCCUUGAGUGUGUGAUGGGAUCUCCGUCUGUUUAACGCCAAGCUGGAGGACCAGACGUAGACAAACUGCCGGUAAAGACAACAUUCCUUACCAUUAAUUAUGUCUAUCUCUGCUUGUGAGUGAAAUUUGGAGACCAGUUCUACAUUUCAGUGACAGGCCUGUACUGUGGGUAGGGUGUGCAGACUUGUACUGAGUCUAAGACUGAGGUACCGCCAGGCAGCAGACAGCUCUACCACUAGAGGAUACAGAUAGCCACAUGGUUCUACACACGGCAAUAUAGAACACAUGUCAUUGUGUCCCCUACGAUACCAUAGACGGCCAAACUGUCAUUUGUGUGUCCUGUUUAGUGAAAGUGUUACGGACUGUCUGCCAGGGUUCCUGUACAAAGACUGUUUAUACUGGAACCAUACAGAACUGAGUAGCAGUGCACGGUAGCCAAAAACCUGGUGUGAGGAAAGUUAUUGAUAAAAAACGUACACGGAUGGGGAACACUGGUGUUGUGGCACUGAAAACUUGUGUGAGCAUCGGGAACUUGUGAAGGUAUACAUUGAUAAAGUGAUUAGACUGCCAUAUAGCGGAAACUUCAGUACAGCUGUGAGCCAACUGGUGCUAUAGGCCUACACUGGUAACCCGGGGAGUUCUCAAGACUUGUGUUAAACUUGUACCUGGAAUUUUCUCCGUUAUUUAUAAACCCCAGUGACUUUAGGAAGGGAAAAUAAUCGCCUGUUCUGUUAUAAUAGGAUCGGCAUGCUGACUAAUCCAUUCUGUUCUAUCGGUGAGUUUUUACUGGGGUUUCCUACGUCAGAGUAUACAUAGGUACGGAGGUAAAUGAUAAGUGCGACCCAGUGAGGAGAGUCGGUGAGCAGAACUAAGGUAGGUAAGAGUAACACGCGUGUGCUGAGUGUACGUAGUACGUAUCCUGGUACAAUCCACACUGUUGAUGUUUCCUCGCAAAAAUUUCUGGUUUCCCGCAUCUACUUUCUCCUGAAAGAAGACACAUAUACACCAGCGGACUGAAUACCUAAGUUAGUGUGGAGUAUAACAAUUGUACGAGGUGAUGUGUCUCAACAGGCAGGAAGAAUCUGUUCUGUUAAAUACCAAUUCAUCGAGGGACAGUGAACACUUUACAGAUUCCUUUGCUGGGAGUUAAUCAAAGUUGGAUGCUUCAGAAAGUUCUCUAAAAUCUCAUUGCCAGUAUUAAUUUGUUUGGCUUGGAAAUAAUAAAAAAACUGACACCGUUACGCUGUUAGAUGUGAAGAGAUUUAAUCGUACCAAUGUGAGUUGAAUGCAAACAACACAGAGGCUGUCCAUAGCCCCUUUUACCAUUGACCGACAUACAAUUGAUUUCUAGGGGUAGCUUUUCACUGUGUAUUGUAGCGAAAUGUGAAGCAGUCGUGAACGGAAUAGAAGGAUUUUUGUUUGAAUAGAUCUGCUGCAAUCAUGCCGGGGUGUAGCUCUGCCAGUGAGCGCUCUCCCCCGCUAUCGUAAUCACCACUGAAAGGGAAGGGUGUGCAGUUUUUGGCUGUGGAAUACUUUUCUUAUCGUGCAAUUUAUUUUUUUACGUAAAUUCCGAUUCUGUUGAGGCCACAUUUGUUGUGAGACAGGAAAUUAAGGUCUAGAUUAUGGAAGAGUGGAUCACAUUCUGACAGGAGUUCGUGGAACACGUGUGGAUUUUUUAUGUGUUGUUUUCAUGCUAACCGAGUAUCAGUGUUAUAUGUAUGUAGAUGAAACAACACAAAUUGUCGCCGCCUCCUGAGUGGAAGACAUCAGUGCAAGAACAUCUAUUAUUACAUUUUGUUCGCUGUGAUAUUUAAUUUUCAUCAGUUUUGGUUUUCAAUUUUGUGUUUUCAUUCCAAGGAGGACUUAAUCUGUUAUUGGGUUGUGUGUAUUGUGAUUGUAUAAUUUGUUAUAAGAUUGAUACGCGGGAGAGUGAUAGUAGCUCUAUUGUUUACAGCAGAAGCAGCGGCAAUACGAUGAAUUAGUGCUCAACUCGCAGGUUUACAAGCAAGUUUGGGAAUUAAAUCUAGCGACCGUCUAAAGAAAAUUGUUCAUCAUGAUUGGAUUAUCGUCGCUGGCACAGCUAAUCCUCUUAGCCUGGAGCAUCUAUGAAGUUGUGGGACAGCAGUACUUUAUCGAGACUCCUGGGGAUACCCGCGUCGUCGAGGGUCGCAGCACCAUGCUCAACUGCUCUAUCGGCAACCGUGUAGGCAAGGUCCAGUGGGCCAUGGACGACAUCUUACUGGGAUUUGACCUGUCUAUCCCUGGAUACCCCCGCUAUUCCAUGCUGCAGACAUCUCCGGAGAGGUACAACUUGUACAUAGUCAACACCACGCUCUGGGACGAUGCCACGUUUGAAUGUCAGGUGCUCCCAGCCCAGGGAAACCCUGCUCUCCAGGCCUCCGCCCAAUUAACCAUAUUAGUGCCUCCAGAAAUGCCCAAGAUAGUCGGCCAUCCCAAUGGUUCAAUUGUCAACAUCCGACACACAGACGCGAUUGUGCAGCUGACAUGUGAGGUGCGGAACGCUCGUCCCGCGGCUAGUAUCACUUGGUACAAAAAUGGGGUUGUUGUCACGGAGAAUGUCGAAUACACUGUUGAACCAAUCGCCAAUGAUAAACGUGAGAAUGCCCACAACACACUCACGUUGACACCCGACUUUCAAUCCAAGGAGCACGGAGCUAUCUACACAUGCAAGGGCACCAACGAAGCGAUCAGAGGUCAAUUCCUGGAGACGAGUGUCACCAUCAAUGUCCAGUUCCCGCCUUCCAUUCCUGAGAUAACAGGCUAUCGUCGAGGACAGACAGUACAUCGAGGGGAAACCAUGAACCUUGAAUGUGUGUCAAGGGGAGGUAACCCUCUGGCUCAAGUCGUCUGGUUUAAAAACGAUGUCAAGGUUGACUUUUCUUACUCAAGUUCCAAUGACCGCUCAAUCAAUGAACUGUCGUUUACUGUUGGGGCGUCUGAUAAUGACGCCGUGUACAGAUGUGAGGCGACGAACGCAGCGACAGAGUACCCUCUGACGGCUCAAGUUCAGAUUGUUGUAUACUUUCCACCAGAAAAAGUUACAAUAUCUGGAAAUCGCCUGGCAACAGCUGGAGAGGAGGUGGAGCUCACGUGCGAAACAGCCAAUAGCAACCCUGCAUCUGUGGUCACAUGGUUGGUACGAGGUCGACAGAUCGCGGGGACUCAAAGUCACGUAGAAGAAUCGGAUGAUGGGGGAUAUAUCACAAGGUCCUUAAUCAGGGUGACACUGACGAACCGCGAGGACCAGAUUGUGUACACCUGUCAGGCGAUGAACGAUGGAUCAUCCGAGCCUGUCACCGACACCGUCACUCUCAGUGUGUUGUACCCGCCUGGAGCACCAGUUAUCACAGGAUACGAAGAGGGAGACUUCCUCAAGGCAGGGGACGUCAAAAGGUUAACCUGUAGCUCAGCAGGGGGCAACCCCAUGGCAACGCUCAAAUGGUUCAAAGGAAAUGAGUUGUUGGACUCCACCACAAAGACACGGGGAAGUAUUGUUAGUUCAGAACUGACCUUAGUCGCGGCACCUGGGGACAACAACGCCAUCUACAAAUGUACUGCGUCCAACGAAGCCACGCCCACUCCGCUCCAGGUCCUGAAGAAGCUCACUGUCUACUUUCCCCCUGCCCGCGUGACAUUGACCGCUGACCCCUCAGAACCCAAGGCCGGUCAGCAUCUUCGCCUUACCUGUCUCUCAGCGUCCAGUAAUCCUCCGGCAGCCAUUAUGUGGGUCAGAGACAAUGUCCUACGUCAGGGAGUGACCAUCAACAAAUCGCCCUCCACCGAUGGUGGGAUGACCACCACAAACGUUCUGGACAUCACGCCGACGGCCGCUGACCAUCUCGCAGAGUAUCACUGUCAGGCCACAAACCUGGUGAUUGGAGAUAAAGUUAAUGAUGCUAUCACCCUUAGUGUAAUGUUCGCCCCAGUGUUUGACCUGUCCAUGUCUCCGGCCAACAUCGAGAUCACAGAGGGAGACAGUCGGUCAGUAAACCUCACGGCCGCAGCUAACCCACCUGUCCUAACCUACAAGUUCUACCGGGACGGGAUCGAGGUCAGCGUCCCGGGCGACGUCAAUAGCUUUACCUUCGACAGUGGAGCGCUGCAGAUCUCAAAUAUCCAGCGUGGCGAUAUGGGGCGAUACAGUCUAGAAGCUCGCAAUGCGGAGGGCAUGUCACAUUUCAACUUCACGCUAAACGUCCUCUAUGCCGCCUCCAUCACGACAAUCACCAGCCCGGUGGAGGAGGAGAUUGGUGGUGCCGCCUUCUUCGAGUGCAUCGCCGACGCCAACCCCAUCACAUCCAACAUGAUCACAUGGUCCCGCAGUGAUUUUGAUAUGUCCAAGACAAAGCAGGCUUUUGAGAACAACAAAGGUCAUCUAACAGUGUACGAGUUGGAGAAGACAGACACAGGCACAUUCACGUGCACGGCCGACAACCAGAUCGGACAGCCCUCUGUGAUGGAGGCCAUUCUUAUUGUUAAAUUCCAACCCAUCAUUGAUGACACCGCCCAGUACUCCAAGGCCGCUGGUGACCACGGGUCAACUGUCCAGCUCAUCUGUCUGGCCGAGGGAGCUCCAGAGGUCACCUUCGACUGGAUCAAGAGAGAGGGUGACAUGUCGGGUGGCAAGUACCACAUAGAGUCUGAAAAAGUAGACACCAUCAAAUACCGCAGUGUCGUCACCAUAUCGGACAUCUCGGAGACGGAGUACGGGACAUACGUGUGUUCCGCCACCAAUGAGAAGGGACAGGACACAUUUGAUAUUUCUGUGGACGGCACAAGUCGACCGGACCAGCCUGGGGAGCUGACCUUUAUCAAUGCCACACAUGACAUGCUGACUAUCUCCUGGAACCCUGGCUUUAACGGUGGACUCCCGCAAAGGUUCAAGGUCAGGUACAAGGAGAAGAAUCGGCCUGGAUACACACACAUUGACAUCACACCCAUAGACAUCCGGGUCACCACAGUAUUUGUCAUCAAAGGUCUGAGAAAAGACACCUCUUACCUUGUGGCAGUGCUGACCACUAAUGACCUUGGACCAGCAGAAGGGUCACCUCCAGAAAUAGAGGUCAAAACUUCAGCGUCUGCCCUGGGAGGUGAGGCCGCCUCCACCAUACAGACCAGUGACGAUACACCCGUCAUUAUCAUACUCGUCGUCUGUGUCGUCGGCAUCUUCCUGCUCGCUCUCAACAUCGGACUCAUACUCUUUUUUGUCAGGAGGAGGAAAAAGAGGCUGGAGAACAACAGUGACACGACCAGUCACACCAACACGAUCGAGCUAUAUGGCCCAACCAAGGAGACAGCACUGUACCCCAUGACUCCAUCAGACGACAGCCGUAGCUACGGCACAUACGAAAAAAAUAUGGAUGAUUUCUCCGAUGAUUAUAAAAAUUUUGAGGGUAGAGGUGUGGUGAGACCAAAGCCAGUCUGGCUACAACCCCUGGUAGAAAUGCCUGGCCCCAGUAACCACGAUGACACGCAUGACAGGAAAAGCAUGCACAGUAGUCAGUGCACCUGUAACUGUGUACAGGUCAAGGUGAAGACUGUCUCCCGCGGCGGCAAAUGUAGUUGUCUGUCGAUGGAUUCCUCCGGGGACGAGGACAUUAAGCGAGUUUUCCUGCCUCCACCUGGAUACAGCAGUAGAUCGUAUACGCCAAACAAAAUGGACUCUCCUAAUCUAGGAAAUACCCAUAAAUCUUUCCUGACCGACACACGGCCAUAUUUAGAUGAAGAACGACAGGCUGCACAGUGGCAAUAUGAGGAUCCGUACCGAAGUAGAAACAAGGGAACAUUUGAUAGUGACUAUAUGAACCCACUAACCAAUGGACAUUCUCCUACACAUUUUCACGAUUACAACGGAAGGACGGAAACCAGGCCGAAGAGUGUGACAGAUUAUUCUGACCAGCGUUCAAGUCGAUCGUCAAGUCGUAAUGGGCUGGGGACGACCCCUCCCCCUCCCCCACCCGUCCGAUCUUCCAGUAAGGGUGUGGCCAAUAACUAUGGUCACUCCCCUAUUCCACCCCUUCCUGCCAGGAAUUACGAUGUGGACGACCUUCCUCCUCCUCUUUAUGACGAUACGCCACAGCCUAGAUACGCUCCGGCCCCAGGUAGGAACGGUCACAUGUUUGAUGAUACGCCGCAGCCUAGAUACGCUCCGGCCCCAGGUUCAGUAGGAGGGAGAUACACAAACCCUAAUGUGAUAAGCAAUCCCACGUACGAGGGGCCUAGUGAGGGGGGCAACGCAGCCCAACGGAAUCACAUACCAGUAGACGACAUGCGGGGAGACUUGGUAUAGCACCAGUGAUUAUUUCCCUUUGGAGCCCCUUGUGAGAGACUUGUUAGCAGCUGUCAAGGGAGACAUGGUACAAAUGCAGUGAUAAAUCCCCCUUUGGUGUCCCCUGUAAAAGACAUGUAAGAGGCCAUCAGGGGGUACUUGGUUCAGCACCAGUGAUUAUUUUCCAUUUGGAACCUGUUGUGAGAGGCCUGUAGGCUGUGCAACGAGCAUAAUUGGUAUAAAAACAGUGAUAUAUCUCCCAUUGGAGCCCCUUUUGACGGACAUGUAAGAGGCUAUCAAGGGAGAUAUGUUGAUAGAACCAUUGAUGAUUCUCUCAUUUGAGUUCCUUGUGAACAACCUUUAACAGGCCAUUCUGGAAAAUUUGCUGUGCAAUGUGAUAUAUCUCCCUUUGGAGCCCUCUUGGAGAAACGUGUAGUAGGCCACCUAGGGAGACUUGGAUGGCACCACUGGGAAUCACCCUUCGGAGCCCCUUGUGAAAGACAUGUAAAGGCCAUCAAGGGUGAUCUGGUAUGAAACAGUGAAAAGUCUCCCUUUGGAGUUCCCUGUGAGGACCUGUAACAUGCCGCCAUUGAAUGAAAUUUUAUAAGCAGCAGUGAUAAAUCUCCCGUUUGAGCCCCUUGAAAGAAGAAUUUAUGUUUCAUCAUUAAUGACCUUCAGAAGAUCUGUAUGAGAGACUUUUAGUAGAGGCCAAAAAAUAUGAGAUUAAAAACCUGAUACUAUCAUUUACAAAUCACCUUUCGGAACCCCAGCUAGGAGGUCCUGAAAUAAGGCCUUUGAAACUACAACAACUUACCAUGAUCAGGUAGUGAGGUGAAAUAGUCUCACUUUUUACCUGUGAGUUAUGUCCCCUUACCGGCCAGUAGGUGGCGCUUUCCUUUUAAAUGAUAGCCAUGUCUACAGAACAUGCACAUGAAAUCCUAUGGACAAACUCACCCCACAAUUUAUCCUCAUAAAACAUUCUCCUGCUCUGCCUUGUACUGGCGGAAAGUAACUUAGGAGAUAACAUCUUAUUGUUUAUGUGUAAGAUAUUAUGAGCAUAUUUUUUUUGUACCAAAUUUAUCAAAUACUGUUGGGAAAUAUCUUAAUAAUUAAAUAAUUGAACUUUUUUGAUCGGACUGUAAUGUACAAUUGUGUAUGACUUGACUGUAAUGUGCAAUUGUGUAUGACCUGGACGACAGUUUGGACACUGAUAUAUAAUGCUAUUUAAUGGUAACUUGAUAACCAAUCUCAACGAAAUCCUGUUCACUUUUAUUUGCCAACUAUGGAAAUAAUUCAUAAUGUGUAUGCCUUUUUAAGUGAGAGUGAUCUCCCUUACCCACUAUAUUUGUUUACUUGUUCAUUGUGGUGAAAUGUUUUGUUUUGCAAAGGGGCAAAUUUGCAAUUAAAUCUUGUUUAAGUUUAGUUUCUCUAGGUAAUUCCUAGUAUUAAUUGUGAAAUGAAAUACAUUUUUGUAUUUUGGAUAAAAAUAAGCUUAUUAUGUGUGUUCAUAAAACGAAAAAGUAUUUGGUAUAGAAGAGAUGAAUGGAGUCAGAUGUGUGUUAGAUUAUGGGCCGUUUCAUAUUCAUAUGUAUCGAAGAGAGACGGUAGAGUGAGAAAAUAUAUAUAAACCAAAGUAUUUAUGAUUUUGUAUAUAUGUGUAAAUAGCUUGAGAAUUAAACAGAUAUGUUCUAAGUUUUAAGAUGAAAGACAUCGUGGGAAUCUAUGGGGGAAUGAUUAGAUUUACUAUGCAUUUCCAUCAUUUUGUACUUAAGCGAAAAUGAACAUUCAUGGGUUAAUGAAUGCAACUCUGUGUAAAUGAGGUGUUCAUGAAAUGAUGAACGGACAAAGUGUACUCAAUAUAUUACAUAUGAAACAUUUUCAGUUUAUUUCUCAUAUUUAAAAACAAUACCAAGUUAAAUGAUUUGAUUGUAUAAGCCUGUGUGGGGGGGUUUUAAGAUUACAUGUGUAAAAUAUCUUGCCGUGAACAAAAUGUGCCCAAAUGGAGCAAAACAAUAAUCAUUGAAAAAUCAAAAGAAACCCAUCCUUUGGUAAUGCAAGUCUAUUUGUUCAGUGUUUUCAUCCAGUUUUUGUUUGUAAUCAUAUGGAACCUGCCAGUCAAAUUUGUUUUCUGUUGAAUUUUAUCUAAUUCAGGGAGACAUCUUUAUUGCACUAAGGAACAGGUUAGGUGAUCUAUUUAUAGACAAUCCGUGGAUGGAUGAGCAUCCUUUCCAUAAUUGUGGAUAAAGGGAAUUUUCUGAUUGGUAAUAUUCAAACAAAGAUUUACGGUAAAGAGAAAGUAACAUCUCAGUGGAUCAGAAUGUCAUGUCCAGAAUGUAUGGUUUAACCAAUUUCUUUGGUAUAUGAAGUGUGUUUAUCUUCAAGAAAGAUAUUCUCUUGUUUUUUCUAUUGAAUUUUCAAAAGUGUUAAAAUACAAAAUUGAAAUUGAUGUAUAAAUAAGAUAUAGGGACUCAAAAUGACUGUUGGAAGGCGUGAAAACAAAAGAUUGAAUGUGACCAAUAAAAAAUAUAUUUCAGUACCCUGGUAAAUGACUUCACCCUAACCAGACUUGAAUGCUAAACGUAGCUAAAAGAGAAUUGAUAAUUAAUUCUCAUCAUUUGUGAAAACAGUUGUCGAAAUACCUGAACAUUUUCUUGUCAUUUAGAAACAAAAGUGUUUGGACAAACAACACAUUUACUGCAGUGUUCAGCCUCAACCAGUAAACUACAACCAACAUGUGAAUCAGUUUGAGCAAGUUUUAUUGGGUUUUCUGGGAUGGUAGUUAUAUUUCUUGUUCCUACUUUAUAUGUUUUAUUGACCGUCAGAAGUUUAAUACUGCCAACUAUUUGAAAGUUAUCCAUAUCUUGCUUCUCAAAAUUACGAGCAAUAUUGAAAUAUUCAUUUUCAGAUUUAUUGUUUAUACUGACAGAGGGAUGAUACUCUUACACUGACAGAGGGAUACUCUUAUGCUGACAGAGGGAUACUCUUAUACUGACAGAGGGAUACUCUUAUACUGACAGGGAUAUUCUUAUACUGACAGAGGGAUACUCUUAUACUGACAGAGGGAUACUCUUAUGCUGACAGAGGGAUACUAAUCAUUUGAAGCUUAUUGUAUACGCCUACCUUGAGUUACGUCGUGAGCAGAUGACGAAUUGUUGAUGUGGCAGCAGAAAUGUCAGGAAAUAUUUGCAAGAAUUCUCUGUUGAUGUCCAUUUUGUUAGAAAGACCAUUUUGCUAUGCCUUGGGUGCCAAAUUAAUUGAGUUUCAUUUUGUACUUACACAUGUUAUAUAUGAAAAUUUCAUGAUUAAGAACACAUAUCUGAACCAAUGUUUAUAACGAUUCACUCACUAUGUGAAUAGAAAUCAAUCCAUCAUAAUUUUAUGUUUGCAUGCAUUUCACUAAUACAUCAUUUUAAUCACCGAUUAUGUUUUAAUUCCAUUUUUAUAUUAAAGAGUUUCGAAGAAUUAAAUACUGUUUUGAAAUCUUAAAGAAAUAUAUAUUUGAUUUGAGUAAUGUUUUUUUUAUAUUUUAAUUUGUGUAGCUAUUUACCAAGGUUAUGGUUUUCCUAGACACACAUCUACCAGAUUACCUCCCCUUACUAGAUUAUCUCCCCUACAUCAAACCAAACUUCCCUCUAAAAAGUAGCCAAGUCUUGUUAAUAUGUAGAUGGAACACAAAUUUAAGUACUAUUGUGCAUUAAAUUGUACCUAUUCAUUUAUCUGCAUGCUUAAAAUUGCAAUUGGGCAGCUCUGGUACCAGUCCAGGGUAUAUUUUCAAACUGUAAAGAUUAGUAGUCUAAUGAUGGAAGUCAUAAUGAUAUCAUAUAGUUAUUUGAGAAUUAUCGAAAUUAUUAUUUUUACUUGGAAGUUUCUAUUUUUUGGAAUGAAUAUUGUAAACCUUUUAAAAUCAUUAACUGUAGCACAACUUUUAAAAAGUGUUUUAAGAUAUUACUUUCAAUUCUUUUAAAAGUCGCAGGUAAUCUGGUGAUGUCCCUUGAAUGUUAGUUUAUUAAUUUCACUGCCUAAGUUUUACUAUUUUACCAUUCAGAAGUGGCCAUGUUGUCUCUUUCUCAGGUUCAGAGUUCAGUGGAAUAAUAUAGAAAUGCACAACUUUUUAUAUUGUAUUAAAUGUAGUAAAUAUUAAAGUGACAAUUUAUAUUGGGGUGGGAUGCAUGUGACUAGCAAUGGUCAUCAUCUGUGUUAAACCCAGGGUGUAACUGACUUCUGAUCUGAGCUUACCUUGAUAAUAAAAAAAAGGAUUUGUUCACUCAAACUGUCAUAGCUUGUAAUGAGGCUUGACGGAAGUUAAUUAAAAUCUGAAGAAAAAAUAUUAAAGUUACAUGAUUGAUCAGAACAGCUGUUGGGAAGGGAUGGGUAAAUAUUAUCACAUUAAUCCUGGUUUUAUCACACUCUCCCUUCUCAGUCCCACCGUAAUAAAACAUGUUCUACUCUAAUACCCAGCCCAGACCAGCCCUACUAAAACAUGUCUGCUACUCCACCGUAACAUCCAGCCCUUCACUUUUCACCACCCUGAUUCUAUAUUCAUCCCCAACAACUAUAUAAAUCCUUGUUAUACUGCCUCCUGACCCAGCAGGCAUUGUAAUGGGGUUUAGAUAUACUUGUAAAAGGGACACUUAUUAAGAAAUUGUGAAGGAUGAAAAGAAAAAAGUGAUGUAGAAAACUGUAGCAAGGCUGAAGUUUAACCAGGAGAAUCCUAGCAAGUGUCUGAAUCUGGCCGCCGUAUAUAUAAGUAACAUGUGUUGGCCUGAAGGUGGUUUAUUUUAUGUUGGAUAUAUGUAUUUGUAAUAAUAUAUAUAUAUUUAAGUUACCAUGGAAACGUGAUGUCUUGCCAGCUAUUGAGUGUCAGUUAAUAGUUAGGUUGCCAGGGUUCUGAUGAUUUUGAAUGUGUGAUGAUUAUUUCAGAGUUUGUUUGAAUGUUGUUUUGAAAAGUUGCAUAAUUGGUUCAUUUUCAUGUUUCAUAUCAAAGAGAAAUAAACAUUUUUUACGAAUGAUA